AAGGCGCAACUUUCUGCAGAAUUGUUUGAAUAUUUAUUGAACUUGUUUGAUUGCAAACGCCGCUUAUCUUAUCAAAACGUCAAAAAAGUAAACAUUGAGCGCUCUGACACAAUAUUUUGUUCCACAUUUUUACUUCAAACACAAAAUGUUAAAAAUGUGUGUCGCGAUGUUGUGCCUUUUCACUAAAGUUGACCCUCUUUUACAAACUCAGAAGGAAGUUGAUUUAAUAGAUAUAGACGUCACUCCAUCUGGAUUAAACAAACACGAAGAAGUCAUUCAAGAAAUGGAGAGCGAGGAACUAAUUCUAGCAGAAAUGGAAGACUCACCACGUUCUGAUUUUCUGGAAAGUAGCGGCGACUCAGAAGGUAGCGGCCUCACAAUAAUUACCACCAAAGAUGAAGACAAUGUCAAAAAUUGCAUAGAGGAAGGAUAUACUUCUGUGUGUUCAAAUAAGGGUCGCUGCAUCGACAAUAAAUGCGUUUGCCACUCCUUUGAAACCGAAGUCGACAACCAAACGAUUUUCUAUCGCCACACAGGAAGGUACUGUGAAGAAUGUCCAUACUGUAGAGCACAGAGGUGUCACCAGUACCUUCCAUGUAUCGAAUGCAACUUAUUCCAAAAGGGCGCCAAUUGUAACCCUUAUUGUCAAUUUCAGUACGAAAUAGUGAAAAAAGUCACCCGUAAUGUAGACAGUGACGAAAAGUUUUGUGAUAUCGAAAACACAGACGGGUGCUUCUUCAGGUUCAAGUACCACUACAACUCUCAACACUCAGUGGUGGUUCAGUACGAAGAAGACAUAUUUUGCUUCGAUGGGUACAAAUUUCUAGUUCUAACGUUUGGAGCCGUAGUUGUUUAUUUAUUUGCACUAACAGGACUAGUACCAAGGAUUUGUGGGUUGUCAAGACACACGAAAAUAUGCAAGAGUAGAACUUCGUUGCCGCUAGGACACGACGUGCUACGCUGUAGAUUUUUUCGUUAAUGUAUUAUUGUGUAAUAAAUUAGACUUCUACUUCGA